UGUUCGCCUCCCGAGCCGAAGGGCCGGCCUACCGCAAAAUCGAAGUUAAGAUCAGCCUGGGUCCGCGCCGCAGCGAUAGGGAACGGAAUAGGAAAAAGGAAGUUAACCUCAUACGUGGCCGCAUUCAAACAAUUUCUUCGUCAAAUUGGGAAAUCAAAUCUAGUCCAGCCCGGUCAAUCUGAGCCGCAUGAUUUAGAGGGGUAUCAACGGUCCGAUGCCGUGCAAUCCUCUAUAUAUGAGCUCGGUCAUUUCAUUAGGGUUUGCUGUACCUUCUGCCGCGCUCGUUCUCCUCGACGGCGGAUCUCGUCCUCCCUCCUCUCCCCCAACAGCAUGAUCAUCCCAAAGAAGAACCGCCAUGAGAUCUGCAAGUACCUCUUCCAAGAGGGGGUGCUGUACGCGAAGAAGGAUUACAACCUCGCGAAGCACCAGGAGAUUGAUGUGCCGAACUUGCAGGUGAUAAAGCUCAUGCAGAGCUUCAAGUCGAGGGAGUACGUGAGAGAGACCUUUGCGUGGCAGCAUUACUACUGGUACCUCACCAACGAUGGCAUCGAGUACCUUCGCACCUACCUCAACCUCCCGUCCGAGAUCGUCCCCGCUACUCUGAAGAAGUCCUCUAGGCCGCCGCCCCGACCCUUUGGCUCCGGCCCUCCUGGUGACCGCCCAAGGGGCCCGCCUCGCUUUGAAGGUGAUCGGCCAAGGUUUGGAGAUAGGGAUGGAUACCGUGGAGGACCCCGUGGUGGUCCUCCAGGUGAUUUGGGCGGUGACAAGGGUGGCGCACCUCUUGAGUUUCAGCCAUCAUUCAGGGGUUCUGGAGGGAGGCCUGGUUUUGGCCGUGGUGGUGGUGGUUAUGGAGCAGGUCCAACUUCAUCAAUGGAGUAGAUCAAGCAUUUCUGGUUUACCUCGUCUCUUGUUGUACUCUAGCAGUGCUUCUAUUUGGAGCUUUUUUUUUUAGCCGUUUUUUCUUGACAAUUUUCCAAACCAUAGCCUAAAUGGCGGCCUGUUAAUCUCCUCUAAUCUUCUAUUUGGAAAAUUAUUCUCAAGUUGUGGCAGGUAUAUUAUUAUAUUACCCUAUUUUGGCAACCUUGCUUCAUGUUUGCUUUGGCAAAUAUUUACAUGUGUUGCAAUGAACUUGCUAUUCUAUAAUUUACCUUUUGGCAA